CACGGACGACUUUGAACGCCAACUUGUCUCAUCCUGAGACUUGUCUGGCUGCGCACACCGCAACCUGUCUCCCUACUUUUCAGCACACUUCCCCUUUCCCUUCGUAUAUCUGUCCCGAACGCAUCCCAUAACUAGCGGGUCUCACCCAUUUUCAUCACGCCAACAAAAUCUUCAACCUCGAUCCUCAUCCUAUACUUCACUCCCUCCCUUUUCAUGGCUGCUUGACACAUCUCUCGGCCUGAGUUCGCAAACUGAGCGAAGAUGGACUAUGUUUUCCUCCUCGACUCCGACGAUCGCCGACGGUUUCUGCAAUUGGCCGGUCGGGUUCUUGGAUGCUCUUAUAUCUGCACUUGGUGUCCCGCAGCUAACAGCAGCCAACUGAUCUCCAUGGAGGGAUGGCAUCACGAGGAAGACAAUAACGUUCCAGGCUCUUCGUCCGGAAUCUUGUCCUUGAGGCUCUUCGAUGCCUACCGGCGAUCCAUCUGCAGCAUUCUGAGAGGUUGUAUUCCUGGGCUUACCUUCAGCUCUGGAUUCAAUUAUCUUGAGAUAAAGGAUGCAGAUGUAAUGAGUUUAGCUGCAUUGAACGAACAACGCCAAUUCUAUCAGAAAGCGGGGAUAAAGACAAUAAUGUUUUUGGGAUCAGGAAAAGGAGAAGUCGAAUUGGGAAUGGCAACUCCACCAAAUGCAACGAACAUGGAAAUGAGCAUUCAUCAAGUGUUCAGCAAAAACUUCAUUCAGCAGUCCCAGCUACGAGAAGGGAGUUUGAUUCAACUAACGCCAAACCCCGAUACAUCUCAUCUCUCUUCCUCAUCGUCCUCGCUUCGAUCUCGAUCUCUGUCUAUCGGAAGCCCCGAGAGUCUAGUAUUCCAAGAUCCAACUUCUAGAUAUUGUGGCAAUGAAGCAGUGACAAGAGCGAUGCUUGCUGUUAUUUGUAAGGCCUCGCCUUCUUCCCCUCCUCCAAAAUUGCUAUACCAUCAACUAUUACAGCAGCAGCAGCAACAGCAACAGCAACAGCAGCAGCAUCAGGGCUAUAGAUCUAAAUCAGGAUUCAUGGUUUACGAUCGAAAUCUAGCUCAAGAAUUGGAGAAAUCGGUGUCGAACAAGUUGGGCGGGGGACAGAAGAUGAUCAAGGCAGGGAUUGAGAUUUUGAGAAGAGUGAGCGCGAUGAGGAUGGAGGCCCAACUGCAGGAACAGUCCCGACCAACCAACAACCAAUUGCACCAUAUGAUUUCUGAACGCAAGCGCAGGGAGAAGCUCAAUGAGUACUUUCAUGCUCUGAGAUUACUGCUUCCACCAGGAUCCAAGAAGGACAAGGCAUCUGUGCUUGCAAACACCAAAAACUACUUGACUUCCCUGAAAGCUCAAAUAAAAGAGCUGGAGGAGAGGAACCAAAUGUUGGAACCGAUGCGACAGCUAAUCGAGGAGGGAAUUGGCGAGUCAAAAGAGAAAGUAGAAGUUCGGAUAAUCCGAACCGCUGAAUCCGCACCAGAAGGCUCACAGUUCAUCAACUUCAAGCUGGUUAUCAUUGUAAGGGAGCAAUGCGAGAUGAUGAAUUUGGUCGUUCACCUUCUCGAAUGCUUGAAAGAGAGAGGCAUUACGAAUUUGGUGGCCAUGGAGACAAGCACAGCAUCUCCAACUGGUGCGAUUUUUGCAAGAAUCAACGUUGGGCUACAAGUGAAGGCGAGCGAUUGGGACGAGGAGAGGUUCACCGAAGCUGCGAAAGGAGCCGUCAAUGAUGUGCUGCAUGCAGACGACAACAAAGGCGAUGACGACCGCUCCCUUAACAUUCUUUGAUUUCUUCUUCACUGAUUGCCCGUCGAUGUUGACCAUAAAUUAACAAUUCUUUUUCCUAGAUUUUGUAUUUCUAGUUUCUUUUUGACGAGGCCGGGAGACUAGAUAAUCUAGAUUUCAUCACGACAAGAAUAGAUUACAUUUAUUAUUAUUAUUAAUUUAUCGAUGUGGAACUACGGGUUUCUGUGUCA